AUGACUGAUUUUCUCUACUUGUCCCCGGCGCCCUCACCUCUAACCAUCUCCAACACUAUCAUGGCGCCCUCGAAUAACUUCAUAGCCACCCUGCGCGAGAAAGUCUACCGUGCCAAACCCGAGUUGGGCAUCACUUUCAGUCGAGACCGUGAUGAGGUCCGCGGAGGGUCUGAGUCAGACGUUGCCCGUCGGAUCGAAGAGGAUGAGAGCGGCUGGUCGAGCGAGGAGGACUCGGACACGGAAUCAUCCAACACCACGCCAUCAACCCACGGUGCCAAAGGCCUGGAUGAGUUCAUGAACAAUGAUGACCCUCCUGAGAUCAAGCGCCGCUACGGCAUCCUUCCUCUGACCCAGUCUCAGGACGAGGCUGGCGAGAAUGGAGAACAGCCGGACUGGAUAUCCUUGUCACAGGUGACUCCGGAUAUGAUUGGGCAAGACAUCACAUUCCGUGCGCGAGUUCAUAUCGUUCGACAUAUGAGCGCCAAACUGGCCUUCAUCGUCUUUCGAGAGCAGACAACUACUGUGCAGGGGGUGCUAAGCGCUAAAGAAAAUGAGAUUUCCGAGAACAUGGUUCGGUGGGCUCUGCACAUUCGGUCAGGCACGAUAGCCGUGGUCAAAGCUCGUGUGAAGGAACCCGAGCAGACGGUCAAGACCGCGAGUGCGCACCACGCGGAGCUGGAAAUCCAGGAGAUGCACCUUGUGUCUAUUAGAACCAGCCCCAUUCCCUUCAGCGUGUAUGAGGCUGAGGCUGCUACGGACGGCCACUCGCUUUCCGACCGUGUGAGGUUGUCCAACCGUGUUCUUGACCUGCGGACUCCUACAUCGCAGGCAAUUUUCAGAAUACAAUCGGGCGUUUGCAGAGCGUUUCGGAACUUUCUCGAGGAUAGGGGAUUCUUAGAAAUACAUACUCCCAAACUGCAAGGCGGUGCCACCGAAGGAGGCGCAGAUGUCUUCCAGGUCAACUAUUUUGGUCGGCCAGCUUUCCUCGCGCAGAGCCCUCAGUUGGCGAAACAGAUGUGUAUAUCUGCGGAUAUGGGCAAGGUCUACGAGAUUGGGCCGGUCUUUCGAGCUGAAAAUUCCAAUACACCGAGACAUAUGACCGAAUACACAGGUCUAGAUUUAGAAAUGGCAAUAAACCGACAUUACCAUGAAACCAUGUGGCUCAUCGAUGCGUGCCUCAAGGACAUCUUCAAAACCAUCUACGCGCGACAUCGGCUCGAUGUCGAUGCCACGAAACAUCAUUUCCCUCAUGAGGAUUUGAUAUGGUUAGAGCAGACUCCUCGCCUCACCUUUUCAGAAGCAGUUCAAUUGUUGAAUGAAUCCGGGUGGACCAACGAGGACGGAAGUCAACAGUCUGAACUGGAAGACUUGCCUACCAGAGCCGAACGAAGAGUCGGCGAAUUGGUCAAGGAGAAGUACCAAACAGAUUACUACAUCAUAGACAAGUUUCCUUCGUCCGCACGCCCUUUCUACACCAUGCCCGAUCCCAAGGACGACCGGUUCACCAACUCUUUCGACUUCUUUGUCCGAGGUCAGGAGAUUCUCAGUGGUGGACAACGUAUCCAUGACUACAAUUUUCUCAAGGAACGAAUGGAGGCUUCGGGGAUGAACCCGGCCACUCUGAAAGAAUACAUGGAGGCUUUUGAAUGGGUGGCACCUCCACACGCAGGAGCAGGGAUUGGGCUGGAAAGACUGGUUUCUUUACUGCUCGACCUUGGUAACCUGCGAUAUGCAUCACUGUUUCCUCGCGACCCCAAGAGCUUCCCUGCUCCCAAAGAUAAUCAUCUGCGGCAUCCAGACGACAACACCAUGCAACGGCCGCAAGGGCGGCUCCCACCAUUGGAAAACCUGGUGGCGAACUACGGUGAUGCCACCAACACGUCUUGGAUGGACGAAAGAUUCCAGGUUUGGAGAGAUGACAAGACCGGCGCUGCUGUCGCCUAUGUGCCGGUUCGCAACCGAGCGAUCUGUGCGGGCAACCCCCUUUGUGAUGCCAGGCAGCUAGAAGACGUGAUUACAGCAUUUCUACACUGGCUUCGGCGGGAGACCAAGUUGAAGCCGUUGUUUAUCUUGGUGGGCAAAGACGUGGAAGAAGUUCUAGGAGACAAGUUGGGAUGGAAAAGCUUCACCAAUGUGGCGGAGCAACGGGUGAACCUGGCCAACGACGAACACGUCAAUGUCGACAGCGACGUUGCCCGCAAAAUCAGACACGCCAAGAAAGAAGGCGUUGAGGUAGUGGAAUACGGCAGCGAUGUGCCGGAGGAUGUGAAGCACAAGAUUGAAGAACGGAUCAAAGAGUGGCAGCAGAGUCGCGAAGGAGCCCAGGUCCAUUUGAGUGAGAUCACCCCGUUCAGAGACAAUGUCCAUCGACAGUACUUCGUGGCCCAGGACGACAAGGGCAAGAUCCAUUCUCUGGUGGUGCUGGCCCAGCUUGCUCCGCGAUAUGGCGUGCAGGUGAAAUGGGCCUUGGAUUUCCCAGGUGCCGUCAACGGAGCCAUCGAAUAUGCCGUGCAGACGGCGCUCAAGUCGGCCGCACAAGCGGGCUACAAGACAUGCACGUUUGGUGCUGGAGCGACGGCGAAGUUGACCACAGGUCACAAUAUGGGCAAUGCCAGGUCGGCCGCACUGAAUUCGAUCUACCAGACUCUGGCGGCCAAGUUCCGUCUGGAACAAAAGACGGGAUUCCGUGCCAAGUUCAACAGCAUGGACGAUCCGAUUUAUCUGUGCUAUCCGCCAAAGGGACUGGGGCCGAGAGGAGCCCGUGCAAUUGUGGACUUUUUCCAAUCUGAAGGCGUCGAUGGAGCUACCACUAAUGGCGAAGCAACUAAUGGGACGGACGGGGCGUGA